GUUGUCUUGGUGUUGUUCUGCAGGAGACGGAGCGGAGGAAAAACAAUAAAAAAAACGACUCAAACAAUUCAGAAAUAGUCAAUGCACUUUUCGUUUUUAUUAUUAUAUGUACGCGUUCUGUAUGAAAAUAAACGUUUUAAAAAAUCUUUGGGGGGGGGGGCAUGCGUGCGCAUGCAAUUAUAUUAGUGACAUUCCAUUUUUUUCUACUUCCCUUUUUCGCGCAUGCGUGCACAUGUAAUCAAAUAAGAGAUAUCCCAUUGGCUAUUGUUGAUUAGGAUUACCUGCAGAUGUGGCAAUUAGCCUCCAUUCCACCAUAUAAAUAACAGUUGAACUUGUUUGUUAUUUAUGCAAGCUGGUUCUAGCGUUAGCAUCACAUUAUGGGAGAGUGCACUUUUGCAAUGCUGGUGCGUGGUGUCCUUUUCCUCUUUUGUUCCUUUGCUCCUGGUUAUACCUUCAGCAGCAAUGGGUCUGAGCUGUACGGGGAUCCAGAACUAAAAUGGAAGGCUGUGUCCAGAGCUCUCGUCGAGGAGAUGCCCAAGGUGAACCCCAGGGUCCGGGUCCAACCACCAAGCCCUGACUCCAGGGUCCAACCAGCACGACCUGACUCCAGGGUCCAACCAGCACGACCUGACUCCAGGGUCCAACCAGCACGACCUGACUCCAGGGGCCCUGACUCCAGGGGCCCUGACUACAGCGUCCAACCACCACUCCCUGACUUCCUGCGGGUCUCAGCCGCUGACGACUUCAAGUCCCUCCUUCGCCCUGACCCUGUUGCCAGAGCGGUGCCGGAUGAGGUAAAGCGGAUUCUAAACCCGCUUCCAUCAAUGGGAGUCAAAUCAGUCCGUCCUGCCCCUUCAGACCUUCUGCUGAAAGUCGUGUGCUUUAUGGACCGAGUCUAUGUGAGGGUCUCGCAGUCUCUGUUCACCAGAAGGCGAGCACACAGGAGCCUGAAGUUGGGAAGAUGUCCUGUGAACGCAGGGGAUAGUAACUUUUACUACUUCAUCUACCCGCUGAGGACGCUUCAGUGUGACUUCACCAGGACGCUACUGCCGGACUUCCUGUCGGUCACCACAACGCUUCGCUACGAUCCUCCGGGUGAAGUCCUGUGGGAGCUUCCAUUCACCGUCACCAUUCAGUGCAAAUUACACAGGUUCCACCACGUCUACUCCAGUGGCUUCGUUCCCAACCUGAUGGGCGGAACCAUCUCUAAAAGCCUGACCUUUGUCGCAGGAUCUCAGCUCAUCGUUAAAGAUUCUUCAGGCCAGGAGCUGACGGGCCCCCAGACCUACAACCUGGGAGACACCAUUUACUUCGAGGCCAGUCUCGUGGGCGGCCUUGACCCAGAUCAGAGGCUGUAUGUGAACAAGUGCUACAUGACCGCCUCUGAAGACUCCAGUUCAAAUCCCCAAUACGUGGUGAUCGAUAAACUUGGCUGCAUGCUUGCUGGCAUGAUUACCUAUGAGAACAGGUUCAUGACUGCAAACUUGAAGAACUCUGUGAACUUCGCAAUCAGUGCCAUGAUCUUCAAGGAGCUGCUAGGCUCAGUAAUACCAGCUGGCCAAGAAUUCAUGCUCUACAUGCACUGUGAGAUCGCUCGUGGGCCCGCGACUGCAACGACCACCAGGAAAUCCUGCAAUUAUGUAGAUUCUUUGCCCCGUUGGCGAGAGCUUUAUGACCAAGAUACGGUUUGCACCUGCUGUAGCCUCCUGGAGUCCUGUGGGUCCUUAGGCAGAGCUUCAAACACCUUGUACACCAGCACUGCCCUGGUGCUCGAUACUCUUGCUCUGGAACCGACUUCCAAGCUCUGACUUCUUAAUACGCCUGUCUUUUAAUUUGGUUUCAAUAAAAUGAUUACCAUUGACAAUAA